AUUAUUAUUAUUAUCGCUAAUUUACUACACAUCCUAAUUAACUUCUGUUUCCUUGCCGAUAUCAAAGGACUCCCACUCUCUACCCUGUUUCGUGUGCUAUAAGUUCGCAACAUCUCAACGUAGAAAAAAAAUGAUCCACACUACAAAGACCGUUUUAACCUUCUCACAAGUCUCUUUCUCACGCCCACUCUCUUCCAAUCUUUGUCGGAAAACUUCAACCGUUACAUUUUGCACCAAACCUGAUUCUGCCCCUAAGAUGGACAAGGCUCAAAAGGCUAAUACUGAGAAAAAGGAAACUACUGAGCAUGGCGAUGUGAUGUCUCAUUCGUUUGGAGAAGGGUAUGCUACGAGAUCUGAUGAAGAAGGAUUUGGAGGAAUAUAUGGUGGAAACCAGUCUCUUCAGCAAGAUAAGUCCAUCCAUGAAAAUCAUCCAGAUUAUGACAAGACGCAGGGAAGUGUUGUGAAAGAGAAGGAAACAGCGAGGCACCAGAGCAACUCCAACGCUUAGUGCUUUAUGCAAAUAUUAUAACCAUGUUUUUGUUUUUGUUUUUUUUACUUAUUUUCUUGCUUUUCUAUCAUCAUUUUAUUUUUGUUUUAAUUCUUUUUGUUGUUGCUGUUUCUCUUUUAUUUAUAAUAUAUAUUUCACCUUUGAAAUUUUUUGUAUGUUAACUAGUAAAAUGGACAAUUGUCGUGUA